UUUUAGGAUACAAUGAAAACUGUUCUCUUUCUGGUUGCGGUUGUUGCUGUUACCACUGCUUUAGUUUUCCCUGAACAGAGAGCAAGUGCGUUUGACUGUUUCUUGUGCCGUUUGGCUGUUAACACCACCGAUCCCCCUGUCGACAACGAGCUCCAUAUCGUUGAAGAUAAAUUCCUUGCCGAAUGUAAGAAAGAACUCAAAGGAAUCCCUUUUUUGGAGCAGACUUGUCUAAACUACGCCCACUCGGAGUUCGAUCCGAUCAUCAAGGAGCUCGAAUCUGGAACUGCACCAGAAGAUGUUUGUAGAGCAAUUGAACAAUGCUAACAAUGCCAUUGAAAUGUGUAUUUCGUCCGAAUAAACAUUUUAUCAUUAA